CGCCUCUCCCCUCAGUGUUCCCGCGAGUGCUGUGCCGUCCGUGUGCUGGGAGUGCGCAGCGCAAGCGCAGGCCGCCGCCGUGCCGCCCUGCCGUUGUCUCCGGCCCGGCCCCUCCGCACACCGUUUGUUGUCUGUUUGAUUUCCUAUCCCCGAGUGCGACACCCACCGCCGCCACCAUGUUCAAGCUCUUCGGUGGCCUGAAGCAGUACUUCAAAGUGCCCGAUGUCAUCAUCGACUCGCCCAUCUUCCGGCUGCACAACCUGUUCACGACGGCGCUGCUCGCCUCCUGCUCGCUGGUCAUCACCGCCACGCAGUAUGUGGGCAAGCCCAUCGAGUGCAUCGUCAACGGGCUGCCGACCCACCCCAUCAACACGUACUGCUGGAUCACGUCCACCUUCACCAUGCCGGACGCGUUCCAGCGCCAGGUCGGGAAGGAGGUCGCGCACCCCGGCGUGGCCAACGACUUUGACGACGAGGACGCCAAGAAGUACUACACUUACUACCAGUGGGUGUGCUUCGUGUUGUUCUUCCAGGUGAGUUUGCUGCCCUCCCACCGAAUAGACUUUCUGAGCUUCUAGCGGCGCGGUACUCUC